CGUGCACCCACAGGAAGAAUUUAAUAGAGUACUGUCAUAAACUACCGCCUCUAAAAGCAGAGAAAUCAAUGAAAUAAAGAAACAAAUCUACAGUGAGAAGAGUCUCAUUUACCGUCAGAGUUUAUCGGCCAGAGAAGGAAGGUAUGAGUGUAAACGGGAAGGAAAAGGUAAGAGAUCGCCAAUAGCGGAUAGUUUUGAGUUUAUUGCUCUGUGGGCUGCUUAGCUAGCUAACGUUAGCUUGCCCAGAAUCUGUGGUCUGAUGCCGCGUUCACGUGCUGGUAGGAACUAGGAAACCCGGAAAUUUCCGAAUUACUAGCUUGUUGCAGUUAUACACGUGCCCCGUUCAACGAAACAGCAUGUCGGACAUUUCUGAGUUUCCUAGUUCCGACUAGCACUUGAACGCAGCAUAUCUAGAGAGACGAAAGCGUUCUUUUUUUAAAGAGAAACGGGGUUGGUAGGUAGGAUUUAGUUUAUCACUGUCUCUGGCCCGCACUCCAGUACGGUAGAUGGCGGUAAUGCACCAUAACGUUGGAUGUCAACCGCCGAUAAACCCCACUGAAGAAGCAGAAGAAGAGACGUGAAAAUACGUUCGUUACUCACAAAAUAUGGAUUUUCGCUGAGCAGAUAUAUUCAUUUACUCCCAUUACGGCCGAUAGAUACUUCCAAAAAACUUCAAAAUAAAAAUGUAAAAGCAACCGAAAAAAUGCUCAUUGUCGACACCUCUAACGCACAGAUACUGGGGCAACGUUAGCUUACUGCUUAGUCUGAUUCAUCAGGCUGUAAUACACAGUUAAUUUGUACAUAGAGAUUGAAACUAAUGACUGCAAAAUUGUGUAAAUAUGCCUUACAAGUCAGAAUGUUGAAUAAAAUGACAUUUCAACUUACGCUACCGGUUGGCUGUGCGGUUUGUCCUUCAGCUGCUGGAAAUUUGAGAGGAAAUAUCCACAGGAAAGUAUGGUUUACCCCGAAAUGUCAACUUCACUACCAGUGCAAUAAAAAGUUGGGUAAACAAUACUUUCCUGUGGAUAUUUUUGUCUGAAAUUUCGACCAUCUUAAACACCAACACCACAGACAACCAGUAGAGUAAGUUUAAAUGUAAUUUUAUUCAACAUUCUGGCUUGUAAGGAACAUUUACACCAUUUUGCAGUCAUUAGUUUCAGGCUGUAUAUACCAAUUAAUUGUGUAUUACAGCCUGAUGAAUCAGACUAACGUUAGCUAUUUAGGUUCAUCAACAGAUUGAGCAUUUAAUCACAUAUGCAACUACGACGAUACCUCCUAUAUGCAUUUUGUCUUAUUCUGGCAAUUGAUGUUUUAUCAGUAUUUUUACUUACCAUUUACAGUGUGAAUUGCUGUGAACAUGUGCUGGGGCAUGCAUCACUAGUUAGUACAGUUUCUCUACAUUUGCGUCUAACCAUGUAUAUCCCAAAUGACAAUGAUAUUGUGGAGAGAAGUUGGACAAUUCGUUGUCAGAUUGUGACAGUAUUGUGCCCACUAUCUGUACCUCUUUGAUCCAGGACACUGGUGCCCUAAAGGAAGAGGGGAAUAUCCUGUUCAAUGCAGGGGACAUGCAGGGGGCUCUGUGCUUUUACACAAAGGCUCUCAAAUUGAGUGACAGCCAGGCAGAGAGUGCUGUCCUGCACCGCAACCGCUCCGCCUGCUACCUCAAGCUAGAGGACUACACGAAGGCUGAGGCUGAUGCUUCCAAAGGUGGUAGAGUGCAGAACAAACCUGUCAAUGUUGUCACUCACCAAUGGCGGGGCUAAAUUAAAUAAUUAUUUUUUUAUACUACAUUUUACUAAGUAGAGUCUCUUUCUCUCUCCAGCUCUUGAUGCUGACCCUGGUGAUGUGAAAGCCAGGUUCCGGCGGGCACAGGCCAUGCAGAAGCUGGGUCGUCUGAACGAAGCGUUUCUGGAUGCUCAGAGGUGUGCACAGAUCGAGCCCACAAACAACACCUUCAAGGAGCUGCUCAGACUGCUGGGAGCACAGAUCCAGAAAAAGGUGACGUACCAGCAGAGACUAUGUAAUAUCUUGAAGUUCUGAUUAAGUCUCUACAAUGUACCCAGGAGGUCAAAGGCUAUAAUAAGGAUUUAUUUUCUCUCCCUUGUAGUCAGUUCAGAUGUCCUCCACAGACGCUCGCGUUCAGCAGAUGUUCUCUCUCCUCCUGGACCCCUCAGCACAGCCUUCAGACAGACAGAAGGUAAAACAACCACACCAUACACACAUAAACACUGACCACACUCUGGCAUGUUUUCAGCUUUGAUGAACCUCACACCUGGUGAUCUUCUUUUUCUCCAUGGCAGGCUGCUCAGAACCUGGUGGUGCUGUCUCGUGAGGAUGCGGGAGCCGAGCAGAUCUUCCGUAACGACGGGGUGAAGCUGAUCCAGAGGCUGCUGGGCUCCAAUCAGGAGGAGGUGGUCCUGUCUGCUCUCAGGACCCUGGUUGGCCUGUGUACUGGCCAUCAGUCCAGAGUCAGUAUUGGAUACAUCUGUGUUUCUCCAUAUGAAACACUAGACAUUAUUUAGAUAAAGAUUCUAGCGACAUUGCAUUCAACCAUGACCUUCACCAUCUUCUUCUCCAGACCAUGGCCAUAGUGAACGAGCUGGGCAUGGAGCAGCUGUGUGGGGUGAUGGGCUCUGGGGCGUCUGCUGUGUCCCUGGCUGCCUGUCACCUGCUGCAGGUGAUGUUCGAGGCCCUGACAGAGGGCAUGAAUAGGGAGAUCAGAGGGAAGGACGAGGCCAUACUACCUGGUGAGAUGACAUGUCUUCCGGUUACAGGUUGUUGCUUCUCAAUAAAACGGAGAAAGAAAAGAAAGGCGACAUACUUAAAUAUAUUUGUGUGUGUGCCAUACAGAGCCGUCUCGUGAGCUGCGCUCCAUGCUGCGCUACCUGGUGGAGAUGAUGCCAGAGAGCAGCGUGUCUGGGCCGGGCCGAGACAGCGCCAUCAACCUCCUGGUCAAACAGGUGCCCCGCAAGUCCCAGAGGAACCCAGACAAUUCCCUCACACUGUGGGUCAUAGACCAGGGUAAGAGACGGACUAACUCCCUCACACUGUAUGGUAGACACCAAGGUAUCGUAGAGACAGAGGAUGUUGUAUUUUCCUCUUUGGUGGAUGCAGUCAUUCAGUCAUGCAGAUAAGGCUCACACAGUACUGUAUAGUAUUUUGAAUCCGAUGUACAUGUAAAUAUGAACUAUGAAAGUGUUAGAUCAACCAUAGCUCUGUUCUCUCCUGUGCAGGGCUAAAGAAGAUCCUAGAGGUAGCAGGAACGGUCCCUGAGAUGUCUGAGGGACCUCCCCUCACAGACAACUCCCACAUGAGCUGCUCUGUUCUGCUCAGCAAACUCUAUGAUGACCUGAAGAGUGAUGCCGAGAGGGAGAACUUCAACAAACUCUGCGAGGAAUAUGUCCAGUGAGUGUUUUUGUCAUGGCUUGAUUUUCCCACCAGGAAGGUUGUCUUAUUAUUUUCAUUGUCAGAACAAAUCCAAACAAUCGGCUUGUGCAUUUUUGUGUGAGAACUACUCUGAUACCUUUACUGCAAUUGCUCUGUUCUGUGCAGGCAUCACUUUGGCCGCCCCGGCCUGGAAAGUAAGCUGCGCGCCAUUCAGACGGUGUCUGUGCUUCUGCAAGGACCCAGUGACGUGGGCAACAGGACCCUGGAGAUGUCGGGUAUGAUGGAUGCUGUCAUCUCUCUGUGUGCCUCGGAGGUCGUGUGUCACCAGCAGGUGGCGGUGGAGGCUCUGAUCCACGCUGCAGGCAAGGCCAAGAGGGCCUCGUUCAUCACAGCCAAUGGAGUGGCACUGCUCAAGGACCUCUACAAGAAAAGCGAGAACGACCGGAUACGCGUUCGAGCGCUAGUGGUGAGUGUUCAGCCAAUAACUAUACUAUACAAUUGUUAUAUUGUCUAUGGUUCAGCUAAACACCAACACACUAGGCCAAUUGUCCCAUUGGAAUAAAAAAAAAACAUUUGAAAUAAGUAGUGACAUAACUUAAUCAGUUUAAUUAAAACAUGUGUUUGUGUGUGUUACAGGGUUUGUGUAAGCUGGGCUCAGCUGGGGGGACAGAUUUCAGCAUGAAGCAGUUUGCUGAGGGAUCCACACUGAAACUGGCCAAACAGUGCAGGAAGUAUGUGACCUGUUUUUUUCAAAGUGUAUAACUUAAAAUGUAGCUUGUUGUUAUAGAAACAGUCAUAUGACGUACCUCUUCCUGUCCCAGGUGGCUGUGUAAUGAGUCUCUCCCCCCAACGUCUCGGCGGUGGGCCAUCGAGGGCCUGGCCUACCUCACUUUCGACGCUGACGUAAAGGAGGACCUAGUUGGGGACAGGAAUGCCCUGCAGGCAAUGUUUCAGCUAGCUAAGGUAAGCUUAACCUCUUCCCCCUCUUAACAUCAAAGUAAAAUCAUACAAUAUGAUUGGUUAAUCGUGACUUUUUAUAUCAUGAGGCUAUGUUUUUCUACUCGCUACCAUCUGUUCCUCCCAGCUUCCCUUUUGUACUGACGUAGAGAUGUGCAUACUAAUGUGUAAUAUACUGGUAAUGAUAACUAGUAAUUUCAUUUAUUGAUGUAAGUCGCUCUGGAUAAGAGCAUCUGCUAAAUGACUUAUAUGUUUAAAAUGUCUGAUGGCGGUGUAUUGUGUGUCCCUACAGUCAGAGGAUAAGACAGUGCUGUUUGCAGUGGGCUCUACUCUGGUGAACUGUACUAACAGCUAUGAUGUGGACAAGCCUGACCCUCAGAUGGUGGAGCUGGCCAAGUAUGCUAAACAGCACGUACCAGAGGAGCACCCCAAGGUACUGCACUGUGUGUGUGUGUGUGUCAGGGCCGUGUUACCCAAGGUACUUCUAGACAUCCAAACCUCACUAAUCACUGGGUCUCGACUAGAGGUCUAACGGUACACGUAUUAGUACCGAACCAUUCGGUACGGGGACCUCGGUUCAGUUCGCACUGUGAACCCGAAUGAAUACAUUCCAAAAAAUAUGUAAAAAAUAAAAACACUAGGCCUAUAGGCUAUUCCUGCACUGCGUUGUAGGCCUAUGUCCCUUGAGUAAAUCUGAGCUGAAAAACAUUUAAGGAUAUUCCCUUAAAACAGAGCCUAUGCGAAAAAUGCAAAUCUUAAAUGCCACAUUUCAAACUGUCCUUUUGUAAGGUGCAGCCGGGACCUAUUUCUCCGGUGGGGUCGAUAAAACCAGAAUUGGAGGAUCCUCCAUCAUCGUUUAAAUCUCCAAUUUGGGAAAAUGUUGGCUUCCCAGUAGAUUACAACGACGAUGGACAGAGAGUUGUGUAUUAAACGUGAACGGUCCUCCAACUGGUAAUUACAAGUGGGAAACUUGUCUAUCAUCCUGAGCACCCACUUCUUCCAUAUGGUGAACUCUGACGUCACCGACUAAGGAAAUGGCCUCUAUAACAACAUUUUCAGCAGUUAAAUGUAACAAAAUAUUAUUUAUAAAAAGCAAUCUAUUAAUGUGGUUUUUGAACUCUAAUUUUAUUUACAAGCAUGAUAGCUGUACUUUUAGUUUAUGGUUGACGCAGCUUGUUGGCCAUAAGAGUUCAAAUCACAUGAAUGCAUCCAACUGGUAUUUACGACUUCACAACUGGUACAUUUUCACCUCCCACAUGGUUACAAACGCAGCAUCAGAGUGAACUUUAGAGGCCCAACAAUCCUGUCACAACAGACAAUGCCAGGAACAUUAUGAAUACUGAACAUUGUGAAUGGCAUUUAAUUUUCCUGCUGUACCGAAACCGAAUCAACCAGUGACUUAAAAAUCGCAAUACAUACCGAACCGUGUGUUUGGUGAACCGCUAAACCCCUAGUCUCGAAACAGGGAAUAUUCCUCUCAUUAGGUAAUUUUUAUCAGCUCUUGUCCCAGAUUUAUUUUAUUACUUAAACCUUUAUUUAAACCACAAAGUCCCAUUGAGGUCAAAGACAUCCUUUUUUAAGAGAGACCUGGCCAAUAGAGUAGCUCUGGCCAAAAUAGCGAAGAGAUUGCCCCACUGACUGUGUGUUUGUUUCAGGACGCUCACUCGUUUGUGGAGAAGAGGUUGAUGAAGCUGCUGGAGGCAGGUGUGGUGUCUGCUCUGGUGUGCAUGGUUAAACAGGAGAGUCCCGCCCUUACUGAGACCUGCAGGGAGUGCAUCGCCAGGUUUGUCUGUCUUCCCUGGCUCUAGCCUAAUAAUACUCUGUCCUCCCAGUUUACAGCUCAGUCUUUUCCCCCUGCAUGUAUCUCAGUAGUAUCUCUCUCUGCAGGGUGUUCUUGGCUCUGGUGGAGAGGCAGGAGGACAGGGGCACAGUGGUGGCACAGGGUGGAGGAAAGGUGAGACCAUCCUCACAUCAGUUAUACCUAAACACACCAAAUGUAUACUUCUUACUUGAUUUAAUUGACCAGUAAAAUGCAUUUGAUUAUGCUGUCUUCCCAGGCCCUGCUCCCUCUGGUGUCUGAGAGUACUGAUGUCGGGAAGACCAAGGCAGCACAGGCCCUGGCCAAGAUCACCAUCACAUCCAACCCAGAGAUAGCCUUCCCUGGGGAGAGAGUGAGAUAACCACCCUAUCCUGCUCCACUGAUGAGAAAUACUUCUGUUUGUGUGGAGAUCUAGUAAUAAGAUAUUGCUGAGCCUGUUCAGAUUUGUCCAUUUCAAUCCAUUGUGGUGCUCUCAUGUAAACUCCCCGAUCCCUUUCUAUCUCCUGUGUGUGUGUGUGUGUGUGUGUGUAGAUCUAUGAAGUGGUGCGUCCCCUGGUCAGUCUGCUCACCCUGGACUGCUCCCUGCUGCAGAACUUUGAGUCUCUCAUGGCCCUCACCAACCUGGCUGGUAUCAGCGAGCGGCUCAGACAGAAGAUCAUCAAGGAGAAAGCUGUACCCAAGGUAGAGGGUUACAUGUUUGAGGAGCACGACCUGGUCCGCGCUGCAGCCACAGAGUGCAUGUGUAACCUGGUCCUGAGCAUUGAGGUUCAGCAGCUCUACGUGGCCACGGGGAAUGACCGCCUGAAGCUGCUGGUGCUCUACUGUGGAGAGGAAGACGAGAGGCUGAGGAAAGCUGCAGCUGGAACCCUGGCCAUGCUGACCGCAGAGCAGCCUGAGCUGUGUGCCCGCAUCCCUGGAACGGUGAUAAAUACUCCCUCGAAACACACACUUAGGUUAAAUUGAAUAUACGGUACCAGACAACUUUCCUUUACUAUUUCUGUUUGACUUUUCUUCCCUCUCUCUGAUUCCAGACCAGUCACUGGCUAGAGAUCCUUCAAGCCCUGUUGCUUAGUGACAGCGUGGAGCUGCGUCACCGUGGAGUGGUGGUCACGCUGAAUCUGAUGCAGGCGGAGAAGAGCCUGGCUGAGACGCUGAUGGAGAGCGAGGCACUGGAGAUCCUCUCCGUCCUGGCUAAAUCCACAGAGCAGAGCCCCAUCUCCAGAGCAGCACAGCACUGCCUGGAUAAGGCUAUGGAGUACAGCAUCAUCAAGAAGCCAGAGGAAGGUGGAGAAGGAACUGAGCCCUGAGGACAGUGUGGAAGUGUGUGAUGCUGCUGUUCUGUGGAAGUGUGUUCCACUGCUGUUCUGUGUAAGGUGUGUUUUGUAGAAUAGGAGGCAAGCAGUUUUGGUCUUUGAGGGCAGUAGGCUGUGCUGGUUUCAGUUUGGGGGCUGAUAUGCUUUACAAACAUCAAGUGAUGUGCAACAACCUGAGAGCUGGAGUUGGUGAAUGUUCAUAAUAGAUCUUGAAGAAAGGCAAAACACGCACUCACUUAAAUAUUCUUUAAGUUUUAAUUUAAAAACAUUACAGCCUUUUCCUUUCUUCAAGUAUAUGUCUUUUGAACCUGGCAGCCGAUGACCUUUUGUCACUACAAACAUUUGAGCACACCUCUUUUUAUCAUAAUAGAUCUCCCAGGGCAGGGCUAAAGAGGACAAAUUAUACAUGCUUCGACUGCUGUGCCACCUUGAACUCAUGGAUUAUUCUGUUUGACGCUAGAGGCACAAUGCAUAGCCAACAAGAGUGUGACACUCAACCUGAACAACCAAAUACAAUACUUAAUGCAUUCAUCACAAGUCAUUGCUUGAUCUUGCUGUAGUUUGACUUUUGUAUUCCAAUAUCUUUUACAUGUAUUUCCUUUCCAUUCCCGGUCAUUUUCUACAGGUUUUUAAUGUUUGCAACACAUUAUUUAUGUUCUAUUAUGCACAGAGAAAAACAAAUGAUUUACUUGCACCUUCUUAUAUGGAUCAUUGUUUUUGUUUGCCUUUUAUAUUUCCACUACAUUUCCAAUGUCUUGGUUAUUGUUUGUUUGUAAACCAAGACCCAGUUAGAAGGCUGGCUGACAAAUAAAAAAAACGUAGGUUAAUAAGUCAGUGAUUAUUCAUUAAACG